AAUGCCUCGGUAGCCAUGGCGGCGAAAAGGCCACGUGACCCCCCUAUAGAGGCGGGGCGAAUGGGAGGGUACAGGACCGGCCCCGUGAGUGGCUGCCCUGUGGCCACGCCCCCUCCUUCCCUCGGCCUCUGUGGAGACCGAGAGGCCGGGCUGGAGCCGACCAUGGCGCCCAGUGAUUUGAUGGGGGCUGCCGAGGACCUGGCCGACCAGUUCCUCCGGGUGACCAAGCGCUACCUCCCUCACCUGGCCCACCUCUGCCUGAUCAGCACCUUCCUGGAGGACGGGAUCCGCAUGUGGUUCCAGUGGGAUGAGCAGCGGGAUUACAUCAACAUCUCAUGGGGCAGCGGCCCCAUCCUGGCCACACUCUUUGUGCUCGUCAACAUGGCUGGACAGCUGGCUGGCUGUGUGCUGGUCCUGGCCAGGAAGUAUGUCCCUUAUGCCUGCUUCGGCCUCUUUGGGAUUAUCUUCAUGCAGACAAUUGCCUACAGUAUUCUCUGGGACCUCAAAUUCCUUAUGAGGAACCUUGCGCUGGGUGGUGGGCUGCUGCUGCUGCUGGCCGAGUCGCGCUCUGAGGGCAAGUCCAUGUUUGCUGGCGUCCCAACCGUGGAUGACAUCUCACCACGCCAGUACAUGCAGCUGGGUGGGCGGGUGCUGCUGGUGCUCAUGUUCAUGACUCUGCUGCACCUUGAGCUCGGCGCCUUCACUAUCUUCCAGGACAUCUUCGGCAUGGCUCUGAUCAUCCUGGUGGCCAUCGGCUUCAAGACCAAGCUGGCCGCCCUGACACUGGUCGUGUGGCUCUUGGUGAUCAACCUGGUGCAGAAUGCUUUCUGGACCGUAUCCCCUGCCCGGCCCCUCCAUGAUUUCCUCAAGUAUGACUUUUUCCAGACCUUGUCGGUCAUCGGUGGGCUGCUGCUGGUGGUGGCACUGGGGCCAGGAGGUGUCUCCAUGGAUGAGCACAAGAAGAAAUGGUGAAGCCCAGAGCCAAAGUGGGGUCCAUGAUUGGGGGGGGGGGGAAUCUUUCAUGACAGCUUUUUUUUUUUUUUUUAUAUAUAUAUAUAUAUAUAUAUAUAUAUAUAUAUAUAUAAAAAGCUUGGCCCUUGUGUAGUUCAUCCCCCCAACCCAGGUCCUGCCCCCUGGAGGUUUAUCAUUGUUCACUGUUGCCUUAUGUGGGGGGAGGAGGAUGAGAGGAAGCAUCUUCCUCCGAUCUGCUUGGAGACAUGUAAAUUAAAGUGUAUAUUGUAUUCUCCA